GUUCAUUGUUUGCGUUCAUCAUCGGCACAUUUAAAGGCGAUAAUGUCAAAGAAAAAUGAGCCGAUGGGUAAAGGAGGUGCAGUUGUGACCGUGAGUGCAAUUCAGAAAGAUCGUUUAACAGAGAUAGCAUGCCAAUACUGGGCCACUUAUACGGCAAAUCAUCGACCUUUUGAUGCCAAAUUAAUUGAUCAAAUUUACAACGAUGAAUUGCUGUCGCAUUUUUUCGAUCAACGACGUGUGGUCAUGCUUGAAUUCAGCCAGUAUCUUGAGCAGUAUCUGUGGCCACAUUUCAAAGCAUCAACUGCUUCCGUGCAAUUCAUAAUGUCAGUUGUGGUAAUGGUCAAUGAGAAAUUCCGUGAGAGAAUCCCAGCCUGGAGGUGCAUUAUGUCAGCUCCGGCUCAAUUCCCAGAGUUUUUCAAUCGUGUUCUGAGACUAGCUAUCGGUGCUGACCCGAACAACGUGCUAAGCAUUCUGGAGCAGUCGGCACUGAUUGCAUUUCUUGUGAAUUGUUUCAAUUCUGUGAGUCAUUCUAUUACUUUAGAUGAUAACUGCUGCAUUAUAUGUGAGCAAAUAUACUCCUUCCGUCAUAUAUGUUGCGAUUUUCAGGAGGUGGAUAUUGUUCGAGCGCAAAUCACGAAAAUAGUUUCGCUUUCAAUUUGGAAAAAUCUUCUGGCGUCUCAACGAGAGGAUUUGUUUGAAGCGAAUCCAAGACUGCGUAAGUACUGGAAUAAAAUGGAGAUGAGAAUAGUGGAGAAAAGUGAACAAGAACGCGAGCAAUUCGAAUUCGAUCGGACAUUUUUGUGGAAUCUAUUGAAUAAAUUCAAAACGACAUUAUCGAGUUUUGAGGAUGACGAAACAGAAGUUGAAAUGGAAACAGUGCAUUAUUUGGAGCGCUGUUUGGAAUUAUUCAUCGAUCUAGAAGCACUUCUCACGACAAGACGUUUUUUCAACGCGAUUCUACACGCAAGUAAUGUGAUCACGCAUUGCACGCUGUCGUCGUUGAUCAGCUCCGAAAUUGGAGCGCUCUUUUGCGAAUUGUUAUCGAUGUUGAAGUUUUAUUCGCGUUUUGAAAUUGAUGACGUUACCGGUGAAUCGCUCACAGAUGGAGAGAUGACCGCUCGACAUUACGCUCAUGUGAUAAAACUUCAGAAAGCCGCUUUCAAAUAUUUUAGAGAUAGUAUGCCGGAUUUUUAUCUGCUGAAUGUUGGCGCAGUUGAUACACGUAAAGCGCUGACGAAACAAUUUGACUCGAUGAAUGAAACUGAUCUGUAUAAAUUUGCUGAAUAUUUACAUUUGGUGGAACCUUACUCGGAAAAUAUCGAGCCAACGCGUUAUAGCAAAAAAUAUUUGACGGAAAUGAUUACAUCGCACUGUGAACGACGUUUAAAUCAGUUACAACAACUCAACGAUCAACCGUUGUAUCCAACAGAAAAAGUGAUAUGGGAUGUAAAUUUGGUACCGUAUGAUAAAUACAAUGGUGAUGGAGUGCUGGCGUUGAACAAACUCAACUUACAGUUUCUGACGUUUCAUGAUUAUCUGUUGCGAAAUUUCAAUCUCUUUCAAAUGGAAUCCACUUGUAAGAAUGAAAUUCGGCAGGACAUAGAAGACACGGUAUUUCGGAUGAAGCCAUGGGCGCACGAAACGGAUCCAAAGCUGACUGUCUGGGGCGGUAGUAGAGAAUUGGCGCGUUGUUACGUUGUUUUGAUGAUUCCGUUGGGNAUAGGCGAGAAGAGUCCAGCAUCAGUGAAGGCCGAUAUCGUUGUGACACUACCGAAACGUAACGAUAUUCGAUCGGAAUGGGAAGGUCUGCGAAAGCAUGACGUCUGCUUUCUGAUAAAUUGUCGACCGAAAGCGAAGGUGGGCACCAGAUACGACGUGUUGAAAUCGUUCAAAGAGCAGAUCGAUAUCGUGCACGUUCGAGGAUGUGAAGUCGAUGGUCUUCUUGAUGCAACAGGGAACGUUAUUGAAGAGUAUGCCGCAUACGAGAAGAAGCCGUUGUUGGAGGGUGAUUCACGUACAUAUCGUGUGUGGUUGGAUCAGAAUCAGUAUCGUAUGGACAUUGAACAAUAUCAGGAGGAUGCUGUCGAUCAUGGUGUUGAAGCAUCCGCACGGGAUUCGUCGAUUGUGGUGGAACCGUAUGUGAUACCAUCACGAGGUCCUUAUCCGCAUGUUGAACCACGCAAGAAUACGAUUCAGUUCACACCUGCACAGAUCGAGGCCAUAAAAUCGGGAAUGCAACCGGGACUAACGAUGGUGGUUGGUCCACCAGGAACGGGAAAAACUGAUGUGGCCGUACAGAUCAUCUCGAAUAUCUACCACAACUGGCCUGAACAACGAACACUUAUCGUGACACAUUCAAAUCAAGCGCUCAAUCAGCUCUUUGAAAAGAUCAUUGCACUGGAUGUCGAUGAACGACAUCUUCUUCGUAUGGGUCAUGGUGAGGAGGCGCUCGAAACUGAGAAAGAUUUUAGUCGUUACGGACGUGUGAAUUACGUGUUGAAGCAACGACUGGAAUUGCUUAAAGAAGUGGAGAAACUUCAGCGAUCGUUGGACGUUACGGGUGAUGUGGCAUAUACAUGUGAAACGGCCGGUCACUUCUUUUUAUAUCAGGUGUUUGCACGUUGGGAACAGUUUGAGAAUGCAGUGUCACAGUGUGCGAAGAAGGGCACAAAUCCAUCGCCACAGUCAAUUGCUGAGAAUUUCCCAUUCACCAAUUACUUCGCUGAUGUGCCUCCACCAUUGUUCAAGGGAGUUUCGUUUGAUGAAGACUGGGAGAUUGCUGAAGGAUGUUGGCGUUACAUUAAAUCGAUAUUUACGCAACUUGAAGAGUUUCGUUCAUUCGAGUUGCUCAGAUCUGGUCGUGAUAGAACGGAAUAUCUUUUGGUGAAAGAAGCGAAAAUAAUCGCAAUGACUUGUACACAUGCAGCGCUGCGACGCAAGGAGUUGGUUGAGCUCGGUUUUCGUUACGAUAAUAUUCUGAUGGAGGAGGCCGCACAGAUACUCGAAGUUGAGACGUUCAUUCCACUCCUAUUGCAGAAUCCACAAGAUGGUCGCAGUCGACUGAAACGUUGGAUAAUGAUCGGUGAUCACCACCAAUUACCGCCGGUCGUGCAGAAUGUUGCCUUUCAAAAGUAUUCGAAUAUGGAGCAGAGUUUGUUCGCCAGAUUCGUGCGAUUAGGCGUACCGCACGUUCAGCUGGACAAGCAGGGUCGAUCGCGUUCUGAAAUAGCAGCACUCUACAAUUGGCGAUAUCGUAAUCUCGGUAAUUUACCACAUGUGGAAGGAUUAGAACGUUUCCAGACGGUGAAUGCUGGCUUCGUGUUCAACUAUCAAUUCAUCAACGUUCCUGAUUUCAAUGGGAUCGGUGAGACAACACCAAGCCCGUAUUUCUAUCAGAAUCUUGGCGAAGCAGAGUAUGCGGUGGCGUUGUUCAUCUAUAUGCGAAUAUUGGGAUAUCCGUCCGAGAAGAUCUCAAUGAUAACCACGUACAAUGGACAAGCGUCGUUGUUGCGCGAUGUGGUUGAACGAAGAUGUGCUAAUAACCCGCUGAUUGGUUAUCCACAUAAGAUUUCAACUGUUGACAAAUAUCAAGGACAGCAGAACGACUACAUUAUUCUAUCUCUGGUGCGUACGAAAAAUAUUGGGCAUAUUAGAGAUGUACGACGUUUGAUAGUGGCCUUAUCGCGUGCACGUCUCGGUCUUUACGUGCUGGGACGAACAGAUCUGUAUCGCAAUUGUUUCGAAAUAACGCCUGCAUUCCAGAAGCUGUGCCUGCAUCCAACGAAAUUGCUGAUAGUGCCGAAUGAAACGUUUCCAACCUCGAGAAAGUUGCGUGGUCGUCCACCGAUGGAACCAAUUGAGAUUCAAGACACCACACAUAUCAGCAAUUUCGUUCAUCAGUUCUACAUGAGCAACAUGGAACAGUUGAAGCAAAAAUACAAGGAACACAUGAAGGAUUACUUCGAUGCUAGACAGGCAGCUAUUGAUGCGCGUUUGGCCGCGGAAUCAGCAGCUCGAGCCGCUGAAGCGACAAAAGGCGAAAAGGAGAAAGGUGUGCCUGAACCGACGGCUAUGGACGCCGAGGAGACAGCGAUCACCUUCGAGAGCAUGGACUUCGAACUGCAAGAACCGACGAAACCUGCAGAGAAAUAA